AUGAUGAGAGAUGCAGUAAGCUUGCAUGAAUGGCGUCUUAUCUUUGAGCAGUGCACCACUCAGGAGCUGUCCCACCUCUGCUUGGUCGACAAGAUCUUUAACUCGAUCGCGACACCCCUUUUGUAUCGAUCUAUCUCCCUGGUGGCUUAUGAGAAUCUCUCUGGCUCCCGUAGGUUGUCCAACUCUACAAAAGUGAAAACGGAAUCAGAAUUGCCUACAGGCCCUUGGCUUCUAUUAUCUCGACUGGAAGCCGACGAGAAUGACACCUUACGAGCUUGGGUACAGGAAAUCAAUAUUUCGAGUCCUUCUGCUUGGGCAGACGAGGACUUCCUAGAACGACUCCAGAGCAAUGAUUGCUUGGCCACACUGAUUGCCCGUCUGCCAAACCUUCGACGAAUUACCAUCGGCUUUCCUAGUAUUCAAUCGACAACAUUGAUUCGCACCAUUUAUGAGCAUAAAAGGAAGCCAGAACUUCUCCUACUCAACCAGUAUAGCGAGGAGGUUAACUCUAGCUUGGCGGAGCAGACUCUACCCCGUGUCACGACCCUCUCUGCAUCAGUGAGCCCAGCAAAUGACGGAAACAGGCCAAAUAGACAGAUACCCACGUUACAAAGAUUGUUUUUCAAAUGCACACAUCUCCGGUCGUUCUCGCUUACUGUCAUGAGACCGUAUGGUGGUUGUGUUAUAAGGAUGCCAAGGCAUCAUGUUAUAUGGAGCUUUCAGCUUACAGGCGAAGAAACAUAUCCUCCACUCGAGCAUCUUUGCCUUGACGGAUAUCGGAUGGACGAUCAGCAAUGGAGGUUUUGGCGUGAUGGGCUUCAGUGGGACAAGCUGGUGUCACUAGCCGUAGGACCGCAGAGUUGCGCUGGCUUGUUUCGAUGUCUAGUUGGCUUUACCAGAUCACUAAAGAUCCUUAAAGUGUCUGUCUGGGAAGGCGAAGGCGAUGAUGAGCGAGAGGAACUCAUCGAAUGCCUUUCAUCAUUUGAUUCUCUGGAAACCCUGGUUUUAAAAGGGUACAUGUGCCCGGUUGAGGUGAUUUCCCGUCACAGUAACCUAUCUACUCUCUGUCUGCAUAAAGAGGAAUCUGCCCGCAAGGAGCGUCCGCGACAAGUCCUAACAGCGGAGGAGCUCAGUCAGCUCGAUGUCAACUGUCCCAAAUUGAAGUCACUUCAAGUGGGAGUCAAGAGAGAGAAUGAUCAAUGGCCCGACGACGUCUUCGACAGACUAGCAACCGGUUUUCACAACCUCAGGAGCCUAUCUAUGCACUUUGAACUAGGCCUCUCCGACAUACAUAACCCCAUCACGCCUCUAAUAAAUUAUGUCUCUGUGAGGAGCAUUGGCCAGAAUUACUUUGACCGUAGAAAGCAGGCGGGCAUCGAAGUAUUCGAAUCGUUCACCUUGACCGUCUGGACAGGUAAAUACUUCCGUCGCUUCCCACAAAGGCCACUACUGUACGCCGGUUUCGAGAAGAAAUUCUCAGCCACUUACGAGAUAUCCUUGCCGAGUGAUUCCUCCGGUGAGGUCCAAGUCCGCCAUUUGGAGAAAGAGCGAUUGGACCUGGUCAACUCCAAGAAGAUCAAAGUCCAUUCGUACGAGAGGUUUCGGCUUGCUCAACAGGUUGCUGCAGCCGUGGAAGGCCCAAAGGUCGAGGAUUGCUCGGAGUGA